AUGAAACAUAAUGACCCGCCUCACUCUGUCGUUCUUGCGCGUGAACACUACAUCAACUGUAGUACUAGUAUUUGGAUGCCGACGGAUACCGAUAAUAUGGAGAUGUCUUCUCUUACUACGACUAUUAUUGCUGGUGGUUCCAAACCUCCUAAGCAUAGGGGUUGCGGCUGUUCAAGAUAUAGAAGAAGGCGGCCACCAGGUAGACGGCGGAGCAAGAAUUAAGGCUUACCCUUAUCCAUCUUCUGAGGCAUCCUGAAGAGGCUGAUCCAAGGAAAAAAGCUCCCAGGAUGCGUCUCAAGAUGGAUAAGGGUGAGGUCUAAAGGAAGUCAGACGGGGAGUCUAGAGGCUGAUCUAUUACAAGGUUUGGACGAAUUUUUUCCUGUACGCAUGAUCGACGCAAAUGAUGAAAACACAAGCACUAGCCCUCUUGACGACCGAGGCCCUCUUAGAACUAGGAGUAAGGCACCUCCAAUUCCACCUUCCAUGUAUGACCGCUAUUUUGAACGCAAUGCUAAUGGAAACUGUAGUACGAGUUGGCUGUGGGACAACAGUAUCAUUUCUUCGAGGGUUGGGUUUCAUGGCCUGUUUUGGUACCUGCAGAAUUGGUGUCCUAAACCUGAGGAUUAUGCGAUGGGCGUUGUAGAGGAUAAACCAAUACGAUUUCGGGAAAUUUUCGUGCCGAAGGAAGAAGUGGAUCCGAGUAAGACUGCUGUUGAUGUUGAGGCGACAAGUACAACUGGUGUUGCUGAUGCGAAGGCAAGCGAUCAUACAGGGGGAGAUCAGGCUGGCGCUCCCUCUGGUGCUGCUGUCACAGUUGAGCAUGAUGGCUCACAAGAACAAGACUCCAAACGUGUACACCAGACAACUCGAAUACUAGAGUCCGCUCUCCCCGUCGACGAUCUUCUUCUGAGUCAAUACCGAUCCGCCUAUCAAGAGGCAAAAGAAAGCGUCCACGGUGAUACCAGUCUCUUUUGCGGAGUGAUGCCCUCUUGUGAGCCAGGAAGCUGUUUGCGUCAACGUGGGGAAGACUAUGAAGGCAUCUUGGGGAUUGGCGGUGCUUCAGCCUUCGAUUACACCAUGCCAGAGCGGUUUGAGAAGGUGCUGGAACUGUGCACAGUGCCGAUGGAAGGGGUGUUGUUGCCAGGGAGUCGCGGCACUGCAGUAACCUCCACUAGCGGAACUUUGUCGACAACAACUACUGUUCCUUCAUCAACUACUUCUACAGAUUCAGAUAGUGCUAGUGGCUCUUCGGACGGCAGUACUACACCUAUUAAGGGUCGGUUAAAGGUGUUGCCGUCACUCACCGUUUGUUUUCACUCCCCUAAGGGAGAAAGGCAGAACAAACGGGAAACAGAAACACCAAAAUAUCUUCCGACCUCUAAAUCUACAAGUAACGACGAACCUCCAACUCAAGCUCGUUGGUACGUAACCCACUCUCCCAUGGACGUAAUCGAAAAACUUGGAGCUUUGUCGAAUCUCAAAGUGUACGGUGGGUACAACGGGUAUAGUUUGGAAUACAUGUCGUAUCCCUUAGAGCGGAUACUGAACCAGCACUAUGAAAGGCGGUUUCCGGAUAGAGUGUGGUGGAACCGAGGCUACGAGUGUUUCUUAGUGUUUGGCAGUGACCGAAUGCCGAAAAAUGUAGUAAAACUGAACGUGCCUGAAAUAUUCCUGACAAAAGAGGCGACGCGAGAAAGCAUUGUGGGAACAAGCGCUGAUGUGAGAGUGGAGAAUAGUGCAGCAUAUAGUGCUACAGGAGUUGGACGGGGAGGAGGAGAUGAAACUAGUAGUGCAGCUGUAGUAUCGACAGACGAGCAGAGCAGGAGCAUGAAGAACCCAUUCUAUGACACAACUGCUAAAUCUGCAGCAAAUUUCUUGUCCCUACUCCUCCGUGAGCGUGUAAUUGGCACUCCGGCUAGAGACUCCUCAAACAUUUGGUUUCGGCGUCCUAGGCCAGGAAGUGAUCCACCUUUUGUCUCUGUUUUACCUGGUAUCCCACAAAACGAAAGUUCAGUCGAAUUUUACCAUCACACACAAUGGAGGACUGUCUUUGCAGAUAAAGUACGAGAGGAGCAAAGGAGGACAGCGGAGAUAGAGGGUGGAGGGGUAGUUGCAACAACACGCACAACAGACGCCGAGGUAGCUCUACAACCAGACAAAAGUCCUCUACCUCAGGAAGACGAAGGUGACGAACCUGCUAGUAGUAGUCCUACUACGACACAGGAGGAAAGAGAUAGCGAGGACAGGAAUGCCAGUAAAAGUAAAGCUUACGAUAGCAACGGCGUCUUUGUGGUGAAUGCGCCUAAAGUGUUUUCCGAUACGAUUGCGAUUCUGGCCAGUGAAUGGCAGAAUAUCUCGCACUUCACGCGUCUGGUGAUCUGGUUGUUUGAGCUUUUUACCGCAGACUGGUUCCGCUAUUGGAUCGAGAAAGAAAAUCUUAGACCCUUCGUUCUGCCUACGAAAUUUUUGCAAGACUUUGCAAGCCUUCUGCCUCACAACAAAUUCCUUCUGGAUGUUCUGUUUAAGCACUUGACGAUGCCCCGUGACGUCGAAGCAGAGCCAGAGGUAGAACAAGGAGCGAAGGAUACUAAAGGAAGACUACAAGAAGAGCAGCUUCAAGUUCAAGUAGAUUCUCAACAACUUCCUCCCUUCUACGAUGGUAUAGAAUUUUGCAUGUAUUUGGACGAGCCUUUAUUCAUGGACCACCAUAGCCAUUUAGAUGCGGAGUGGAUGGCAGAGACGUUGAAGGGCAGACACUGCACGGAUUGGAAGUAUGAUCCACUGCCUCAGGAGUCUACGCAAAAUGCAGAAGCACACGCAGACGCAGACUCCUCUUCUCAAACCACGCACCAUAAAGACUCUACCGAGGCUGAGGAUGAGAAGGAUGAUAGCGAUGAGAAGGACGAGGGCGGCUGGGCUGGCACAGCCCUGAGUGCAUCGAUGUACAGGACCGACGUGAUGAAUGGCUAUUUGAUAGACGGGUACGAUUAUCGGUUGCCUGAGGGUGCAGUUGAAGCAACAGGGAUCACUUACCGGGAAAUAGGGACUGGCGACGUGAGGAGAGUAGAAGAUGUUGAAGAAAUCGGUGCAACUGCUUCAAGAUCCUUGGAUGUUGAAGAAGCAAAAGGACAACAGCCCCAGCAAAGACGCAAAACGAAGAUGAAGAUCAAGUUCUUGGCUGCCGCUUUGACAACCAUCCAAGAGAUAGGGUAUCCUAGUUUCGCGAUUCAGCGCGCCCACGAUGGAAUCAGUAGUCCCGAAGCCUUGAGUCGUUUUCGCAAGUUGGUGUGGAACGAGUGUGGGAUUGCUGGAGGUGAAGAUGAGACUAGAAGAAGUGAUAGAAAUAAGCGCCUCACAGUCCUCUUCAUGGAAAAGGACGGCCAUAACCGGCAGAUAAAGAAUUUGCGUACUCUAGUUUCCCGUUUCCGGGAAAAAUAUGGUGCCGAGCGUUUUCGAUUUCGCCGUGUCCGCAUGUCGAAAUUGACUCCGUGUGAACAGAUUCGAGCGAUGCAUGACGCUUUCGUGGUGAUAGCAAUGCAUGGGGCAGACAUCACGAACACCAUUUUCAUGAGACCGAAUCUUUCUUACGUCAUGGAAAUAUCUCUUGCUGACGGAGCACCGGUGACAAAUGAUGCUGGCGAUGUCCAAAGAGGUACUGAACGUUGGCGGUGCGACAGCGUGAAAGGGAUGAUGUACUUAUGGCAAGAAAGAUAGAUGUUAAACUUUUAAGUUUUCACAGGUCUAUCGGAAAUGAUUAUCGUACAAGCCUAAACGACAUUUCAGUGUGUCUUCUAAGCAAUCAAGAAAUGGAACCUUGGGUGUUCCAGACGAACCAAGGUAGUAUCAGUAUGUCGUGGGACCGGACACAACGUUCUUAUGCUUACAAAGAGGUUCUGCAAAGACGUAAGCGUGGCGGCAUGGGUGAUAUUGUUUGCAAACGCAUAGGCAAUGACACCAUCGCGACAAUGUAUUGGGACGAAGGAGGUGGGGAAAACAACGGUGAGUACAAAGGACUAGAGAAUACUAGGACCAACGAUAACCCGUCAGUCUCGCACAGUCAAAAUAAUUCAAUCGCGGAGGACGAGGCUACGUUUUACGAUGAAGCCACGCUGUACGACGAUAGUAAUGUGAUGAGUGUCUUUGCAUCUAGUGCGGGUUCAUUAGCUGGGGAACGCGAGAUGAAUAUUAGAACAUCAAAACUAGAAGUAGACGACCGCACGGGCGAUCGUCACCACCCAUGUAGGGCUACCAAAUUGCAUCCCGGACUACCAUCCUUCACCUCUUUUCCAGUGGGAAAAGAGUCAGGGAUGAUCUGAGGAAUGUAUUUUUGCAACCUCUAACCACAAUACUAGAUCAGGAGACUUACUCCCUUCUCGGCGUUCUAUGGGUUACUACAGCGAUUUUCUUCGCAAAGCGGGUAUUACCUACGACAACCUGCAGAUCGGAGUAGACGACCUUCCUUUAGUUAUGGGUACUGGUAUCAACUCUUCAUCUCUUACACAAUCUUUUAGCCAGUACUUGAUUGAAAUGAGCCGAAAGAUGGGUUCUUGUCCGUACCUCUAAUUUAGACAAUCCCUAUGACGACUUUGGAGAAGAGCGGUUUCGAGGUCUUUUUUUGACAGAGGAAUUUACGAAAAGACUCGCUUUAGGAAGAGAUCGAAACCUGACGGUGCGGUUCGAAGCGGUGGAUGAAUUGCUAGAGCCGAGGAUGCGAUGGGGUUUGGAAUAUAUGUAAGGCUACGAAAAUAAAUGCAUGCACUCUGUAGACAAAGCUAGAUGCAGUGGUAACCUUCACUCGAUUUUUUGAACGACGACCACCUUUUUUCAAAAUCCUAAAGUGUAUAGUAACUGAACUACACACUCACACAAAACAAAUGAUUCUUGACACACGACUGAACGCAUUGAUGAUUUCCCUUACACGAGGACGAACUGCAACUCGUUCUUAUCUUUUAUCCUUUUGAAAAAUACAAAGCCGUGAGGUGGUGGUGAAAAGC